AUUACUAGCCAUUUGUUUCAUUGACUAUGUCCAUGUGUUCUUAUUCUAUAGAAAAUAGCGUCUUACUUUAACAAAUUACAUUAAAAAAAAGCUUUUACACUUUUUUGCGCAAUAAGGCUGAAAGAUGUCCAUGUUAGCAUGUUACAUUAACUAAAACAAAUCCAACUUUAAAAGAAAUAAGAUUAAACCAGACAGUGAGCUCAAAUUAAUUUAUUUAAAUGAAUUAUAGUUUAAUGACUUGAAAAUUAGGAAAACUUGAAAGUUAUUGAGGGACAUGCACAAAGGAAGAAAAUGAAAGUUUUACUGGAUAUUUUGCUAUUUUCGUGGCUGUUUGUCAAGUCAAUUCUUGCUGCUGACUUUGAAUAUAGCAUUAUUACCAUGCCGGCGAACUGGUCGAUGGCUCAUUUUGUAUGCACAUUGUCUCAACACUUGCUCUUGUCAGACCCAGGAAAGGAUCCGGACAUGUUGAAAAUCUUUGAUGAUUUAGAACCUGAAGAGUUUGUCUGGAUCAAUGCCAAAAAUGUAGAAAUUGUUUAUAAUGUUUAUACCAGUUAUGCGUCUGCCUACCUGAAGAUUGCCUACCAGCCUGCGCAUUCGAAACUAACCUCGUAUAUUUGUCUUAAUGCUAUUUCAAGAGAAGUAAAGAGAUUUGUUAGUAGUGAUCCACUGUCCUGGAGUGAGGUCAAAGACCUGUGCAGUAACUCUACUAAUUGGAGCCUAUACAUUGUGUCAACACCGGGACAGGUCAGAGAGACUGUUGCAUUACUGAAGAAGGAUGUCCCUUUCUGGAUAGGAAGAAUGUCUGAUGAUUAUAUGAUUCCGAAAUUUGAUGGCCAAAAUAUGAUAGAAGAGUGCCUAGGAGUAAUGAAGUUGUCAGAUGGGACACUGGCAUACCGAAGAGACAACUGUACAAACAAGCAUAUAUAUGUCUGUGUUUCUUCAUCUGUUGAGCUUUUUGCUCCUACAAUUACAAGAGUGACCCAGCCUUUUCCUUUCAUCAUUAACGAAUCUAAAGAAGAAACUAGUAGCACCAGUUUUGGAAUAUCCCAAAACAGUAGUGAUACUGCUGCACCUUACACCUCGGGGGAACCAGGGCCGAAAAUUCGAACAACGGAUCUUGGAACCAGCCAAGACGUUGUUCAGAGUUCGGAUGACGUCAGUAUGAGCAGAGGCGAGAUAUGGGGCCUUGUUGGGGGCUCUUAUGGUGCAGUCCUAAUACUACUGGUCGUCGUUUGUGUUACUUACUAUCUACGAAGACGCCGAAAGAUAUCAGGAAGACGAAAGGACAGUAACAUGUCAGGAUCUAUACCUCUGGACAGCUGUUGCAACAAUGAUCCGAUGAAGAUUACGGAAUCUGAGGAGGAAAAUGAAGACGGAGAGAAUACAACGAGUCAGUCAAGUGCACGAAAUCAGAGGCCAAAUGCAAAAUAUUCGUCAACGUGUGACAGCACAGCUCAUGAGAAGUUAUCAGAAUAUUUUUCAGUUGGUGGAAGGAAAGCUCCGAAGGUUCAAGACUGUGUCAAAACAGAGAACCAACCACAGCCUUUAGACUUUGUGCAGUUUGACACAACUAUAAAACUUUUGAAAAAGACAGGGAAGUCUAAAGCUCUAGAUGAGAAGUUAAAGCAGUGUGAAGAUACUUCUGCCGGAAGUGAAGGACAUCGGUGCAUUGAAGGAAAAUUGUUGUAUGAAACUUGCAGAAAGACGGCGACGACUAAACCUCCUGUAUUGAUUUUCAAAGAACGCCCGGUAUCGAUAUAGUGAGGCGAUAUUUUCAACAACAAAAAACAAACAAGAACAACAACAACAACAAUAACAACAACAUCAACAACAACAAAAAUGUGAGAAAAGAAAUAUAGAGUUUGAAAGAUAUACUGUAUUAUAGUGUGCCGUUAUGCAAUUACCCUUUUUAGAUGUUUUCAUUCAUACUCUUUUCUACACUGAAAUUUUUAUGUGUUUUGUCGUCUAUAAAACGUCUAUUUUGAUCGUCAGUGUAAAUAGUUCUGUUUCUAUUUCGAUGACGUUUUCUUUUUCAAGUUUUUACCACCUUGUUAUCAUGUCAACAAAAUGGAUGCCCGAUUUGUUUUUCAAGGUCAGAUAUUAUGUUGAAAAAUAAAACAAAACUAAUAUAAAUACUAUUUUAUAUAGUUUAAACACGUCUCGCGGCUUUUAAUUUCUCAUUUUUUCCCUACUUAACACUUAACUUGAGGGACAUUGAAGAGUGUGUAUCAGUAGAUAUCAUCAUGUAAUUGUCUAAGAACCACACACAAACAGAGCAUGGUUUUCAUCAAAGCUACCAGCGUGUUUUUGACACGUCUGUGAAGAUCAUCGCGGUGAUAUUCUUUCUAAACACUUUGAACUGACAAAACACUUCAGACGCAAGAUUCUAGAUUCUAUCAAAAGGUGAAAAUAAGUUAAUUGUGAAAAAAAAAACUAAAAAAAAAAAAAAAAAACACGGAGAAAUAAAAGAAAAAUAUUGUUGUCUUUGAAGUGUGUAAAAUGUGUGUUUGUCAUCUUCCAUGAAUUAUGCUUUUAAAGAUAUAACGCCUCAAGUCAGUUGUUUUCUUUUCUUUCCUUUUUUGCAAUAAAAUAGUUUAUAAAUGCUUUUGAUAACGAAUCAUAUUGUUUCUGAAUAUGGAUAUUUAAUUGUAAGGAUGAAGCCGCAUAAGACCUAAGUCUAUCUGCUGGUUUAAAUGUGCCUUUGAUUGCUAUUGGUUUAAAGUUUAAAGCUUUGGUUUUAAAUGUUUGGACUGUAUCGCUGCUGUUAAAAGCAUAGUAUACUCUGUUUGCAGUGAUACCAUGUGUAUUUAUCGUUUUUUUUUUGUUCUUGCAUAGCUGUGGUAGUACAUAGAAAUGCUAUAAGUUGCCUUCGUCGCGUGACAAUUUUGGAAAUGAAUACUAACAACGGCUAUGUUAUUGGUGUUUUUAUAUAAUAUUGAAAAGAAAAUACACUGGUGUUUUUAAUAAAGUAUUGAAAAGAAAAUACACGGGUGCUUUUAUAGAGUAUUGAAAAGAAAAUACACUCUCUUUCGCUAUAUUUCGACUGAACGCAAUUACAUAUUCAUAUUAAAUGUGUAUAAGGAUGUGAUAUCCGCGUUUGGCCGUUUUGAAUCGUGGCUAGUUUUUUUUUCAGUUUCAUAAUGUUACUACAUUAGUAAAUACUUUUUAAUGUAGUCAUAAUUUUGCCAGCAUCGGUGAUAUUGCGAAAAAGCAGAACAUUUAAUUUACCUAAGUAGAUAAAUUUUGAAACGGACCUACCCACGUAAAUAAAUAGAUUCGAAAUAUCAAGGUCCAAUUGGUUGGGGCCUUUUUCAGUAUUAAUGAUCGGCCCUCGCCAGGUAUUCUGAUUAGUUAAGUUUGUUUCAGUCAUUGCCUGCGAUGUUAACUAUGUCGGCAGUAUAUCCAGCUUUUGAAGGAAUGUUGGUUAUAUUUUGUUGUUGUUGUUGUUGUUGUUUUCACACUGACUAACCACGUCUGUAUUUUUUAUGUAAAUUGACUUGAAUAGUACAUUUUGACAUAACUUUAGAGUGUUACAAAAACAAUCCAACAUUUUUUUUUCUUCAGAUUAUCAAUUGAAUGACAGUAUUAUUUCUGUAACUCUAUCGUUACUAAAGAACGGAUGAUAACAGGCUAUCUACCGGCAUGUUAAAACAAACAUUGGAUCAGUGAUAUUUUCUCAGUGUUGAAUGACACGUAAAUAUAAACAAACUCUCGCGAAAAGAAUAACGCUGGUUGGGCGCACUAUUUUACAGAUGACAGUUGUGAAUAGAAAUUCAUUUAGUUCACCCGAAGGCAAAGUGUUUGACCUAUUGUAGAAAAUAUUUGUGCGCAAGUAAUGCAUUAAAUAUCUAACAAAUAAAGAAAAAAAACUAGGUACAUUUAAAAAGAUGGUUGCGUAUUACAGGUACCCUUUAGUGAUGUUAUGUAGUAAACAGUCCAACAGGAAAAGCAACUUUCAAUGACCGCAGCCACCCACACUGCGAGUGGAGAAAGUGCCCACACUGCAAGUGGAGAAAGUGUCUUCUCAAUAUACUAAAUUCAGUCAUUUUAUACAUUCUUAUAAACCAGUGCUUGCAAUCAGAGGUAUGAAGUGUACAAUAUAUUACCUUUCAGUUAAAGGGAAUAGAUCAUUCUAUUUUCAGUAAUGACAAAGAUGUAAAUAAUUUCUUUCAAGAUAAACUUCACAAAAACUAAUAUCUUCCCAAAGAAAAUAAAAAUAUGUCGUCAUGAGGUUGAGCGUGAUAAUGCACUGGCUAAAUUUAGUUAAAUCCACUGAAAAACAAUAUGAGAUAAAAUGUUGUUUCGCAUGUACGAUAUAACUUUUUUUUUUCAGGUGAACACCAGAUUUUUAUUUCCACACAUAACUAGGCCAGCCGCGAAAAUAUCGUAUAAGAUAUGCGCUUUUAAAAGUAACAGAUAUUUAGAUCAUUCACAGACACAAACAGGUGAACGGACAUAGGUUUUUAGAGCUUUGUUUUUGAACAGCAGCUGACUAAAAUGAUAAGGACUAUACAGAAAUGUUUCAAAGUUCUUUAUUUUAGUUUUUAAUGUGUUGCAUGUUUUGUCAAUGAACAUUAUUCUCUGUUGUUGUUUACAGCGGAAUAGAAACUUUCUUUGAAGUCUUCUUUUCUAGGCUAAAUUAUGUUCAGCUCUCUGUGUUUGACGUCAUAUUUGCCAUAUUGUGGUCAAUGAUGGAUUUACAUAUAAGGAUGGAACUUCAUCUGAACAAACAGUUUUAGUAACAAAUAUUCUACUGAAGAACGAGAUUAUAGUGAACCGUCAGUCUGAACAAACAUUAACAUCGAAAUGGCCUAAGUCUCCAUAUUGGGCAUUUUUCUACCAUAUCUAUUUAUACAGGAGAUUUCCAGCACUAGAACAGGAGUAUAUUUAUAAUAGGACCUACGGUAAUAGUCCGUAAGAUUGCUUUCACAGGCUGCAAAAUGCAAUUAUUCAUUCUUCUUUUCCUUUCAACGCAGUCUACUUAACCAUUAGCAGAUCAUCAACCAUAUCUACCAAACUUCAUUUGCGACGGAUCCAAAAUUUUCUCGGUUAAUAAAAAGGCUAGCAAGGUGGAAAGAGGCAAGACCAUAUUUUCAGAAAGCUGAAUGGUGUAAAUAAACUAAAAUGUUUGAGUACGCCCUGUCUGUCUUAGUCUAAUAAGAUUAACUUUUCACGUGCAGUGCAUCAGUUCAAAGGAAUCUGAUUAUUAACAAAUCAAACAUAAUGGUACGCAGAAUCAUCCGUGCCGUAAAUCACAUUUUACAUUAUGAGAUUAGCUUAAGGCCUACGUUUUGUUAUUAGAAAGAAAUAUUAAAGUGGUUAACAGAAUGAUUAGAAUUUUAAACUAUCUUCUUUUGACCCGUCAAUUAGUUUCAAACAAUAUUUAGCUGCGCAUACUAUAAACCAUUUUUUAUGAUAAAAGUGAAAAAUUUAGUAAACUAGACCCCGCCUCAUAUGCUUGAAAUCAGAGUUAAUCUGGUCUAGGUACAGUCCUCGUGCGUGUGUGCGUGCGUGCGUGCGUGCGUGCUGAGAAACUACAGGCAUAGUCUAAAAUGUCGGAAAUCAGAGUUAAGGAACCCAGGCUAAGAAGUGUCAGAAAAUACCAGUCAGAACACCAGACUAAAAAUAGCCUCACGUACUGGAAAACAGGAACCCAGUCUGGACAGAGCCUUAUGUGCUGAAAAUCUAGAGACUUGGUCUCUUUUACUGGAAAUGGUAGACUGACCAAGCUGGCCUUCGGAUGAACUAAUUUUCAAGGGCUGCAUUUCACGCACAGAAUACUGUUAAAGGUCAUUGACUUUAAAUAUUUUAAAACAACUACAACAACAAAAACAAUGCCAAUGAUUGCUGGAAAAGUAUUGGUUACGAUGAUAUGUCUAAUCUUGUUGAUACGUCUUCUGUAAAAAAGGACACAAAAUGUGGCCUUCAUGGAUCUACCAUGUGAGUUCAGCAUGAAAUUGUGGUGUCGGAAGGAGAUUUUCAGGAGUUUACAUUAAGUUAAGACACCGUACCAACCGGACUUGUGCUAUGAAUUUUAAACCCGUUAUUGAAGCAGUCGUUGCUUUAUACGUACAUAGAGCAUUGACCUCUUUCAGACUGUACCUAAAAGAGAAAGGUCAGUCUGAAACAUUGCUGUUGAUCUUUACUUCUAAUUUAUUUCAAAGAAGUAAGAAGUAAAAUGCGAGACAUCCGCUUU